AUGCCUUCCGAGCCUGACUGGCUCAAGUACACCGGCUUCACGUCGAUGCGUGAACUUGCACUGGAAGCCAUGCGUAAUGAUGCCACGCUGAGAGCUGCCCGCCUACCCCAAACAGAGAACGAGAUACAACGGACCAGGGCGACAGCCCGCCUGAAUCCGGCUAAAAGAGUCAAAGAAAGACCUAACUAUGCCGAGUCCAGUGACGAUGAUGAUGACGAUCAAUCUGAAGAGGAACAAGGUGAUAAGACAGACGCCGAUUUUGUCGUGGAAGAUGGCCCAAAUGAAGCUAUGCCGGACGCCGAUUAUAUUCCUGAAGCUGAAUCUGAACGGGAGUGUCUCAAGCGCGACUUCAAUUGGUGGCUUCUCUGA